CGCGCGUCGCCGGGGCAUUUGCCUGUCACAUACGGCACGCCAGGUAAAGUGAACAGGUUUUGUUGAUCUCCACGGGACGGACGCGGACAGUUGUGAGACUUUCUGGGGCUCGAGUCCUUGAGGGUCUGUUGUUAUUUUAGCGCUGACGUGGAGAGCUGCACAGUGCGCUGAUGUGUGCAGGUCCUGAUGACAAACUGUCACCCUGCGUCGUCAGUGGGAACUCUGCACCACUCCUCUCCGUGGACGUGCAUCGGUCCGGACAGAGUGACGGGCCUCGGUGAUCUCACACAACUUGUUCAGUCACCGGUGGUUUGUUUUCUUUCUCCAGGACUUGUGAAGAUACUAUGCAGUCGGGUGGAGUGGUUUACCUUGCUAACGAGAGGUUACGUAAAGUUUCGACUUGUCGAGUGCAUCAGCAAACAAGUGAUUGAGUGGUAUCUGUUACUUUCUGUUUACCAACAGCCACAUCGACAGUCAGGGUGCACUUAACGUGUUUAUGUUGUCUGGUGUGAUGUUUAUCAUUUCUGCAUAGCUAAGCAUUUUUUCCACUCUGGACCAAUGAUGGGGGGAAACCUCGCCGUGCAGAUGGGAGGUGAACAUGAUUGUGGAGCUGGACGGAGUGACAGACGGUUGUACAUCUGAUCCACCCGCCAGAACUAGCAGUCGCGCGUGUCCUUGCUCACUUUUUUCUUUCUUUCUCUCCAGCCAAACUGUUUUGCAUCCCCACACACCUACUCCUGCUCGUUCUAUCGUGAGUCAGAGCUAAAGACAUUUCCAUGGAAAUACUUCUAGAAUUUUUUUAAUUUUUUUUUAGAUAACUACACAUGGACCACGUCCUUGCUUCCGCCCUGUGAUGCGAUGAAUGUGAAAAGAGAUGUUUGAGGAGAUUUUGCCCAAAGUAUUUGUGACUGAAAACAUUGAAAUGUGAUCUCCUUCUAGAGCUUUCUUCUCUUGUUCUUUGCGUCUUAGUGUGAGCCUUAUCUUAGUCUAGUCUUAUGAAAAGGCAGGGUAUGCAUUGUGCUGGAAUCUUUCCCAAUACUUAUAUUAGCGGUAAAGAACCACCUACUUUGUACCAACCAUGGAGGAGAUUAAGUUCAGUCAUCUGAAACCAGCGGUGCUGCAUUAUGACACAGGUAUGUGACAAGCAAGUUUCGCUAAUGUCCCACGAACCAUCAACGGUCAUGUCCUCACAGGACAGCAAGCGGAACAAAUGCUUUACGCACUGCUUGAAAUCAGUCCUGACGGGGUCGGUGUGAAAGAUUUGCACACAAAGUGUCAUCUGACCUUGUGCCAUUGUUGGAGCUGGGCGGUCCUCGGCAGAUGUACGAGUAUGUGUUGUCAUUGUUAGUGUCGUGGAAGUUUCUUUUGUCUUCGACAUGCGACAGGCGACAGGAAUUUCUUGGCAGCUGCCGAGAAGGAGAAACCGGUGGGCGCCAACUAGUCCUCACCCACGAUAACUGCUGUGCGAUAAAUAUCGGCAUUAUCUGACCGAGGAGAUAAGAAAAGAGAGGAUCAGCGGCUGCUAAGUGAGGUGAGCGGAUAAGUGUUCAUGCUCACCGACAUCGCAGACUUUUUUUUUUUCUUUUACAGACUCGUUAGGAAACCCCGAUCUCAAGUGAUUUGUAGCUGGGAAGGAAUUCACAUUAAGCACUCGGGUGCAUUGUGAGAACACAGAAAAACAGACUUCUGUCCACUGUCAACACCUUGUCACAGAAAUCAGAAGUUACUGCAAGACAAGGUAGUGCUACCCGAGUUCACGGACUGUAUAGUUCUGAAGCGGUGCGGAGCAGUAAUGCCACUGCCAGAAACUGUUAAUUUGGUUAAGCAAUUUUUGCAUCAAGGUGGAGUUCUUUUGGAUAAAAUUUCUUGAAUACAAUACUUUGUAUGAUUUGUAACAUUUUAAAAACUUGUGCAGAAUAUGAAGACGCGGCGGAUAUAGAAAAACUCGGUUUCAACAAAAGAAGUGAAUUGUGAAUCCUUACAGUGGUUUAUACUCAAAGAUCUUCAAGACAUUUGACAAAUCUGUUGCCAAGUUUUAUUCUGUCCUCGAACAUCAUAAAGUGCGGAAGAACACUCAGAAAUAACUGACCCGCAAGUGAUUACGGCCCUUGAGCUGCGCGGGACGCUAGGUGGCGUAAUGAGGAUGAGUUCGUUGCGGCUGGCGAUCCUGGGGGACGGGAAAGUGGGCAAAUCAGCUGUCACAGUGAGGUUCCUGACCAAGCGGUUUAUUGGAGAAUAUUGUUCCAGUAUAGAUCUUCUGUACCGAUCCACAAUCCGACAAGAUGAUACCAUCACUGACGUGGAAGUGUUGGACACUUGUACAAAGAACUCAAACGGCAGUUUGGACGAGAGCCGCAUCAGCUGGGCAGACGCCUUUGUCAUCGUCUACAGCAUCUGCAACCGCCGAUCUUUCUACACGGCACGAGCGCUGAUCGACAGCAUCAACAAGUCGCGGGCCUCCGCCUACGUCCCCGUGCUGUUGCUAGGCAACAUGACCGAUCUUGAGCAUCGACGCGAGGUGGGCGUGGAGGAGGGUCACGAGGUGGCGCUGGAGUAUGGCUGUCAGUACUACGAGGUGUCCGCCGCCGAGAGCGCCCUCAGUGUCAGCAUAGCCUUCCAGGCCUUCCUGCGGGAGGCUCGCAUCGUCCAGCAGCAAAGGACAACCUUGUUCAAGCGUCGGAGGAGCUCUCUGGGGUCCGUCAGCAAGAAGCUGGGCGCCAUGUUCGGCAAAAGCAGCAGCAGCAAGGACUCCAGCGGCGAUGCGGACAAAAAGAAACAGACGACAGACUCGGCGGAGAAGAAGUCGUAGUUGUCAUGGUUUCGGUAGAUAUGUUUACAUUCAGCAGCUCACGAUACAACCAAUAGGCAGCUACGGCGCCCUGUUUCAGGUAGUCACAAGGAUGCAACGAAAAAUGCAUUUAUGGCGGCUUCGAUGACGUCAUCAAUACUGUCUCCGUUACACACCAGCUUCUUGCCUGUAGAUGAUCAUUGUAUGAUCUCAGAGCGAUCGCUCGUUCUUUUUAAUGCAAGCUGACAGUAUAAAUUUAUUACAAAAAUACUUUUUAUUUUGAAGGUUAAUUUUUGUUUUAUUUUAUUUUAUUUUUUUUUUUU